CAGCUCUAGUUGUGGUUUCGGUUGUUUUUUGUUUGGCUAUAAGAAAAUCGAGUCGUCGCGUCGCAACGAAGCAAACGGGAAAGGCGCUCGGAAAAUCUGCAAAAUUUGAGCAAAAAUAACGGUUGAAACGCCGAUUUCUAACUGUUGUCUGGCCGCAAAAUAAAAGUGCGAUAAGUGCGCGACUAAAUUAGAAUUGUCGAAAUGCGAGCGGCGGCGAAAAGUGUCGAAUUCGAAGCGGAUAGCGAAUAAUUUUAUGCAAUUUUCCGGGGCAAACGGAAAAUUAAGCGUCUGUCUGCCAGGCCAAUGUGUGUGUGUGCUUGUGUGCCCGUGUCCGUGUCCGUGAGUGUAGAGCAAAAAUAACAACAGCACGACGGCCAGGAUCAACGGUGCCGCUCCAGGGUAGUUUGAGCUCGAACAAAGCCCAACAUCAACACAGUCCGCGAAGGAGGAGGCGCAGGAACACAGAAAGGCGGAAUAGCGCGAGAAGGGGCGAAAGGCAGACGGAAGAACGGGAGAACACACCCCACCAUAUACAAAUACACACACUCUCGUACACCCGCUCCUUUGUGUGUGCGCUUUUGCCGCCUGGAAUGCAAUGCUACAACAACAACGAGAGGACGGGAAGCAGGGGAGGAAACGCUUAAUUGUUUGCAGCAUCAUCGACGGCCGAAAAAAUCAAACAAACGAUUGCAUUAAAGACGCCUCGCCCUGGGAUAUUUCAUUCUUCCACGCUGAGCGGCAGAUGCACGACUUUUAAGCGGCCGAAAGUGCAUUAUCACUCAACGCACCGCAAGAACGAUUUGAAUUGACUUGGUUUUUCCCAUCAUAAUGAAACUAAAGUAGAAAUCACGUUGAUAGAGUCACACCGAGCAAUUUUGCGACUAACGAAACCCAAUCGAUAUCAUAACUGAACCAGUAAACAAUAAGGAAACAUGGAUCUAAGUCUGGAACGCGAUAGCUCCGCGCUCGGUAGUCUGUUCCAACAGAUUAUCAAUGACAUGAAGAAUACUUCACCGCUGUGGGAGGAUUUCGUAGCAAAGGCCGGAAAACUGCACACAUGCUUGAGGGCCGCCAUCCAAGCAAUCGCCGCCUAUUUGGAUGCCUUCCAGAAGAUAGCCGAUGCGGCGACCAAUUCAAGAGGCGCCUCCAAAGAGAUUGGCACUGCCCUGACCCGCGUCUGCCUUCGCCACAAGGCGGUCGAGACGCGCCUAAAGACCUUCACCAGCGCCAUUAUGGAUUGCCUAGUGCAGCCACUGCAGGACAGGAUCGAGGACUGGAAGCGAACGGUGGCCACCAUUGACAAAGACCACGCCAAAGAAUACAAGCGCUGUCGCAGUGAGCUGAAGAAGCGCUCCAGCGAUACACUGCGCCUGCAGAAGAAGGCGCGCAAAGGCCAGACAGACGGACUGCAAUCGCUGAUGGACUCCCACAUGCAGGACGUUACCCAGCGCCGGGCUGAGCUGGAGGAGGUGGAGAAGAAGUCGCUGCGCGCGGCCAUGGUCGAGGAGCGAUUGCGCUAUUGCAGCUUUGUUCACAUGCUGCAGCCGGUGGUGCACGAGGAGUGCGAGGUCAUGUCCGAAUUGGGUCAUCUUCAGGAGGCCAUGCAGUCGAUUGCCCUGGUAACCAAGGAGCCCACUGUCCUGCCCCAGGCCUCCGAAGAGCUAAUCCACGAUGCCAAGGCCAGUAUCAAUCUGUACCCAGAGUCUCCGGGAGGUGGCUCCGGCUCUCAGGGCGGCGGCUGCUCAAACUCGCUUGGUUCCCGAAAGAGUUCCGUCUGCUCCAUCAGCAGCAUGAACAGCAGCGGAUCCAGCAAUUCUCCCGGCCAUCACCACUAUCCACGCUCUCUGUCGCAGUUUGUAACGCCCGCAAUUCGCUUGAAACCUGGUGAAUCCAGUGAUAGUGGCUUUAGCUCAUCGCCAGCUCUAACAACAACACAGACUUCAAAUGCAACGAAUCAGACGGCUAAUGUCUCCACUUGGCCGCCACAUUCCCAGGACGUGGUGGACACUCUCCCACCGACUGCCGAUCGUCCGCAUACCAUUUCGACGGCUUAUGAGAAGGGUCACCAGCGUCCGCCGCUGACUGUCUACACGUUCCAGAACCCGGAGACCAUUCCCGAAUCUGGCACUGGCCUUAAUAACGGUUCACCUGCCAAUGGACAGCCGUCGCCGGGACAGACUACUCCGGCCACUCAAAAGUCGCCGGCUGCCACUCUUAGUCGUCCGCCGUUGCCAGUUCGCUGCUCGUCGCUUGAGCGACCGCUGUCGGCGCAAAGCAACCAUCGCCAGGGAAGCGGAAGCAAUCUGCUGCAGCGCCAAUGCCCCUCGCCGAUUCCAGCUCAUAUCACGAAAGAGCUGUCCGCAGCGCAUCACGCACAGCAGCAGCAGCAGCAGCAACAGCAACAGCCGCCACAGACGCCGCCCACCUAUGUCAACAUGUCCGAACUGGCCAACAUGGCGGCUUUGAAACUGACUAACCACCAGCAGCAGCAGCAGCAAAAGUCCGCAACACCGCCGUUGCGGCAGCAGAGCUCCAUUGACUCGAUCAGCUCGCAGCAUUCCAACGACUCCUCGGGCUCGCAUCAGCUGCUCCAACAGCAGCAGCCGCACUUGCAGCAACAGCAGUCAUCGCAGUCGAAUCACCACUCCGCCACAGCCACACGCUCCCAUUCCAUAUCCUCGACGGCCUCCUCGCUGCACUCGCAUCCGUCGAUCGACUCGACGGUCGCUUGCAGCUCGCUGGUGGGCCAGCACCACCACAGCACCAGCACCAACACGAACACCACCUCGCCGUCCAGUGGCAGCUCCACGCCACAGAACCAUUACUCGCCCCUGCUAACCAACUCCCCUACGUCCACUGCCGCAGGUACUCCCAGCGGCAGCAGCAUUGGCACGGGCACAGGCCUGGGAUUUGUCUACCAGGUCAGCUCACCCACUCCGCCGGCGAGUGAGGUUCUAAAGAUCACCGAGCAGGCGGCAGCUGGCACUGUUUCUGAGAAUGGAGCCGAGGAAACGGAUGAGCGUUCGCGGGCCUCGGUUCUGCAAAAGGCAUCCAUGUUCGAGAAGGCGGCAGCAGCAGCCGCUAUUUCGCCACCAGCUCCGAUUUCGGUGACUUCUCCGGCACCUGUGGUUGCUGCACCAGCGGUCCCGGCAGGCGGAACCAGCGGAGGACGACGAUCCGAGGCGGAGCAGCAGGAAAUGGACAAGUCUUUCGAAGAUUCAAUACAAGCACUAAAUAAUCUAAUUGGCGAACUAGACUCGUUCCAACGCGAGAUCGAUGAGGGCAAGGGCAAGCAGCAGCAGAUGAGCAACAUAAGCAACAACAAUAUGACAACGAGCAGCCAGAGCAGCAGCGACAACAACAACCUGCCUGCCGCCACCAUCAUUACCACCACCACCAGCGGCCUCAUCGAGCCAUGCGCCAUCAGCAAUCAGACAAACUCCAGCGGCUGCGGCACGGACAUAUCGGACACCACCUCCGACGAACUGGUCGGCGAGGGCGACGAUGGCGAUGCCAGGAGGCGGGAUCUCGACCGGGACCGGGACCUACUGGGCGCCAGCGAUUCGGAGCUGAGUCGCUGCUAUGUGAGCGAGACGAGUUCGCUGACCGGCGGCCUGACGGCUGGCGGCUACGAGAACCCCACAUUCGCGCACUUCGUGGCCAAUGCGAACCGAGGCGAGGAUGCCGUUUCGCUGGCCUCGGACAGCGUCUGCCUGGGGCAGCCUCGGCAUGCCUACGUGGACACCUGCAGCGACAGCGGCAGUGCCGUUGUGGUGAUCUACGACCACCAGAUUCCCAUUACGCCGGACAUUGAGUUUGUGAAGCAGAACUCGGAGAUUGUCAUGUUGCGGACCAAGGAUCCGCAGCCCCACUCGUUGCAGCUGCACGAGAUGCGCGAGCUGCAGCAAUUGCCGGCCAAUUUGACCGGAUCGCCGGACUCAUCACCGGACUCGGCCGGCGGCCAGGCCCCGCCGCCGCCGGCUACAGCAACUGUGGCGCCCGCCAAGCAGCGACUCUCUUCGUUUCGCGCCACCAGCGAGCAGCAAUUGCAGCUCCUCGGACGCGGCAGUCCUCAAAGAGGUAAAGUGGCACCCACUGAGCAGGCACAACAGAGAGGGACCCAGAAACCGCUCCCCGCAGGAGCUUCCCCGCUAGCACAGCAGCAGUCCAGUGAUACCGAUGGCCAGCAGCUCGUAGAUCCUGCGAGGCGGCAACUACCGCCGAAACCGACCAGCUUGACCCUUUUCAAUGGCCCCCAAGCUCCCAGUGUGAGCGAUAGGCCCUUGGUGCCCCGCAAGUCGGACUUUAAGUCCGAUUUAGAUGCGAAAAUUCGCAGGCAAAAGCAGAAGGUUCAACAGCAAUUGCAGCAGCAGCAACAGCAACAGCAGCAGGCGGCACAACAACAAAAGCCACACUCACCACAGUCGCCCCAAACCAGAAACUGUAAUGUCACUAAUAAACCAGCCAAAGCCAAUGUUACAGCAUCCGCAUCUGCACCUGCAUCACCGGCAUCCGCAUCUGCAUCUGCAUCUGCAACAGUAUCAGUAUCAGAUCCGUAUCCAAACCUGACUCAUAGAAUGCCAAAUCAAAUAAUAGCAGAAGCCAGUCCGGCAUUGUUAUCACCAUCAUCACCUCGCGGCCACCUGCCAUUAUCAUCAUCCUCGUCGUCGUCAUCGCAAUCAUUUCCAUUGCCAGCAGCCACACAAUCAUCACCAUCAUCAAACGCUCUGCCAUCGAUGUUGCCCGCCAGUGACCGACCACCACCGCCACCCGCCCAUCCAUACACGUGCUCCAAUGCCCCAGCCAAUCCAAUCCAUCUCGCCAAUAGCAAUACCAAUGCCAAUGCCAAUGCCCAUCUCAAGCCGUGCAUUACGCCCCGGCCGGCCUCGUUGUCGGGAGGAGCAGCCGGCGGUGGAGGUACGCGAAUCGCAAGGCGUUCGUCCAUCAAUCAGGCCAAGCCACCGCCGCCAGUCAGACGCAGCUCAUCGGUGACACCCAGUCCCGCCUCGGUCGGGCAGCAGCACCAAUACCAACCGCAGCAGCAGCAGCACCAUAGCUACCAACUAAGCAGCUCCAGCGAGCACUUGCCACCACCGCCGGCGUUUAUGCUGGACGCCCACUCCAUGCCCAACUCGCCACCGCCAACGGCGAUGCCUAGCUCAGCGCUUAAGGUGUCCGAGACGGUGAGAGCGUUGGCUGCCAUGCGCCACCAACCAGCCUCGCCAGUGUCACUUAGACGCAUGCAACAGCAGCAGCAACAACAGCACCUACAGCAGCAGCAAUAUCUGCAGCAGCAGCAGCAGCAACCUCUAUUGCAGUCUGUGCACAACUCCCCCCUGACCGAUGACUUGAGCUAUGACGCCUACUAUGACUCCUACUUGGAUCUGCACGCCUAUGCUCAGCAGCAGCAGCAGCAGCAGGCACAGCUUUACCACAGCCAACUGCAGCAGCAUCACCAACCACUGCAACAGCCGCCUCUCUACCAAGCUCCGCCGCCAGCCGAUGCCACGUUCCGCACUUCGUCACCAGCCGCGGGCGGAGGGGGCGGAGGCAUAUACGCCCAGCCCAAGCUGGUCAAUAGCAUGUCCAGCUUCCGCACCAGCAGCCCCAGUCCGAAUGGACACGCUCACGCUCACCCACUGCCGCCAACGCAGCCCAAGGCGAACCCGAAUCUAAUUGCACAGCUCAAUGCACGACUCAACAGCAAGCAGCAGCAGCACCAGCCUGGGGUCGAGGGGAUCUACGGCAACCAGCAGCAGCAGCCCGGAGGAGGAGGAGAGUCGAUCUAUAUGCGGAGUGGCCUGUCCAUGUCGCAGCCGCAACAGCAGCAACACAAUGACGGUAAAUCAGAGCAAAUGCAAAUGCAGCAGCAGCAGCAGCAGCAGCAUAGAAUUUACGCUAGUUUCGGCACCACAUCAUCUUCAUCACCAUCAUCAUCAUCGGCCAACAGCACCACUCAGCCAUCCUCCAUUCUAACACCGGCCCCCUCUUCUUUCAAUGCAUUGCCUCACUUUCCCCUGUCUUCAUCCACAUCUUCGUUGCUCUCCAAAGUCAGCUCAUUCUCGAACUCUUCUCCAUCUGCAUCCUCGUCACCGAUGAUGGCAGCGGCCAACUCGCAUUAUCAGCCGCCUCAGCCGCCGACAGCAUCCUCCUCGGGAGGUGGAGCAGUCGCAAACAACAAAGAUUUUGGCAUCUACUCAAGUUCAUUUAACAAAAAUUCAGCAGCUGCGCCCUCGCCGAACAUGCGACAGGCCCAUCCACAUCCACAACAGCAUCAUCAGCAGCAGCAGCACUAUACUUGCCCGCCUCCAUUGGAGGAUCCUCCGCCGCCGCCCAUCUACUCAGCCGGCUCGUCGGCCACAAUGCCGAAAAAAAUGGCCCGUCCCCAUGUUGGUCCGCCUCACAGCGCAUAUGCAGCAGCCUCGGCAACGGCCACGCUGCCCAAGAACAUGCUGCAGCAACAGCAGCAGCGGCUACACCAUCAGCAAUAUCAACAGCCGACAGGCAUGGGCAAUGGCACAGGUCACGUCAGCAGUCAGCGUCCGCAGUUGCCGCUACCCCAGCAAAAGCUGCGGGCAGCACAGCAGCAACAUUUGGCAGAACAGCAGCAACAUCAGCAUCAGUUGCAGCAGCAACAUCAGCAGCAGUUGCAGCAGCAACAUCAAAGACAGCCACCCAUACCGUCACGCCACUCGAGUGUGCAGCAAAAGAUAUUCGUCUCGACGAAUCCAUUCAUACAGACGACGGCCGUCAAGUUUCACUCGCCCUCGGCCUCGCCCACUUGCGGGUCUCCAGUGACUGGAUCUGGAUCUGGGUCUGGGUCCUUGGCCAGCAUUUAUGCCACAACCGCGCGUGGCAGCCAUGCCCAGCAGCAGCACUAUUAUCGCGAUGUCGCUGGUGGGGGCAACAGCAACGGCGGCGCUGCCUACUACAACCACAAUGCCCAUCAUGCCCAUGCCCAUGUCCCGACACAUCAUCCAAACUAUGCCACAAGCACAAAUAUCGAAAAGACUGGCAGCAUUCGGGCCAAGACCAAGGCCGAAUUCCUCGAGAAUCUCAACGCGAAACUGGCCAAGCAGGGAAUGUCUGGACGAGCAUUUGCCGUGCGAAAUCUCAUCAACAGCAAGGCCCUGCCGGACCCUCGCAUUUGUCAUGAGUCGCUGAUGGAUCAAAUCAAGCGCGGAGCCACCUUGAAGCGUAACCAGAAGAUCAACGAUCGCAGCGCUCCAAAAAUACAUUAGAAACUAACCCCUAGCAUAUUUAUUAUCAUCAUAAUUAACCCAUGGAAGGCAGAGUUUGGUUUGAAACUGAAAACUCGUAUACACAACAUACAUACAACCUAAAUACAUAUGAUUACGGCAUAUACAAUAUACGACAUUUAUCAAGCGAAUUAAGCUUAACUCGAACUAAUCAAUAAUAUACCUUUCUUAAUAUCCUGUAUCCCAAAAAUUAAUGCGAAAGGCUUUCUUUGUUAAGUUAAGAAUCCAAAAGAUGAAGACAGUUGGCUAGCCCCUUUACGUUUAUUUAUACAACUCGAAGCUCGAAACUCGAAUUUAUCUUUAGUGAACACGUCUGUUUAAAGAUAUAUAUAUUAUGUUUAUGUAUUUACCAUAUUUAUAAUUUCCCUUGUUUAUGUACAUACAUAUGGAUAUGAUUUAAACAACCAAUCGAAACUAAUCUGACGCCUAAUAAAUGGAGUUUACCUUA